GACACGCAAAGUUCCCUGUUUUUCACAACCAACGCAUACCCGGAGUUUCGUCAGAGCAAACCCCAGUCUAUUUUUUUGUUGCCGUUGAAAAAUGUACUCACGCCGUGGAACGUGUAGCGUCCACUGUUUUUAGACAGACAUCAGACAAGAAGAUCCUGAACUCCGUUUUCUACAAUGCAGGGCACUUGGUUUUCUUUAUUUGUCGUCGUCAUGGUGUCGCAUCUUGCGUUUGGAGGUGAGUGCAGCUUUGGUUCUUACCUCGCAGAUAUGGCGGGCCUCACGGGGCGGGAAGACAAAGAACACCAUGCGGCGAAAAAGAGAUACUACCACUCGAUGUACGGAAACAAAACUCCGUAUCCCUACGCAGACGGACAGCAGGGCUCUCCACCUCCUCAGGGACAGCUACUUAUUAUCCAAAACCCUGAUGGAUCUUUCAUGAUCGUAGACCAACAAGGCGUCCCGCAGGCGCCCCAGGCGGCGGGAGGCCCGGGUUCUCCCAUGAAUGGCGGUUACUAUAUGCCUGCAGGUGUCUACACUGCACAAGUCGUUCCAGGAACACCUGGUCACCCCGUACAGGCGAUUCCGCAGCAGCCUCUUCGCACACAAGCAACGGCCACCUAUUAUCACCCGGCAGCAGCUCCUCCUCCCGGUCCUUCAGUUUUUGUCUUCACCCCAUCCUCUGUUCAACCGGGUGCGGAGGUGACUCCCGGUUAUUCUGGUCUGCAGUUGAGACAACAGUCUCAAUACGAUUACAGCUAUCCAGGUACUACUUCUACUCCCACGCCUCCACGACCAGCGUCGUACGGCUACCCAGCGUUUCCGGCAUUUCCACGGCUGCCCGCGUUUUCUGACUCAGUUUCGGUUUCAACUGAAGAUAGUGGGCUUACAGUCGUCAGAGACUCGUCAUCCUCUGAAUCCACGGUCACGCCGGCAGACGAAGCUGCUUCGGAGUCCGAAGAGGGAGACAAGACAAGCAGGAAAUCUAAGGUCAAGAAGGGAGUCCUGACGGGGUUAGGGGUAGCAGCAACGCUGGCAGCAGCAGCGGCCGCCGCAAAGGCUGUCAAGGGAUUUGGCGGCACCCGCACUUCCACGGCGCCUGCUGAGGCUGGAAAAACGGAGUUGGACGACGGAUAUCGCCCGCCCCCAUUCAACCCGCGACCCUCACCCUACGCCGAGUUAUUGAAGGAUUUGGAAAGAAUGCGCAAAGAGUGACCGUGCUAGGAAGCGAGUUCGAAUUCGACUGUUACGUUGCAUGCGAUUCGAACGUUUCUUAGUCGUGCUCGUUUGCCACUAUCGAGAGAAUAGUACAAAAAUGAUUCAGGUCCGCAAGUUGCAACUGUCGCUCUUAAAAAUUGUCUGGUGACGUCCUGCUGCGGUCCUGUGCUUGCGCAGCGGUGGGAAAGGCUGAUUACACCGAACGCGAUAAAAAAGGACAGCACGCGACGGUCUGGCGUGGGCACUACGUGUUAGUUAAUUGAAGCAGAACCAGUUACGAGGUUUUUUCGACCUGCGCGUUUCUACUCAAAAUUUGACUCAUCAUUAUCUGCAUUACAUUUUCUAGUCAAUAUGUGUCUCCUGUUUAUUCCUCGGCCAGCAACUAAGAAGAUGAGACCUUCGAUACUGUCGUGGUACAAGCUUCUGCUGGCAGAGGGCUUUGUUCUCUGGUAGGUGGGCGCUUCCGUUUCGUGCUUAUGACAGACACCUUCCCCCCCCUUAUUGAUGGGCGAUGUGCACUUGAUUGAUUGAAUAUGUGACGCGCAGGUAUUCUCUUCUACAGUUAUGAAUAUGGAAGAGAUCACUGGAUGCGUAUUCUGCCCAAGCAACACACUAGGCAGGUGCAGCAUAACCAGCAUCGUUUUCUCUGUCCCCUUGCAUUGUCAGAACAGAGCUUGUACAUGUUUCUCGUCGGUUGGCGAGGAACGGGAUGCCGUAAUCGCUUGUUUUUUCAGCUGUAAAGGUGGCUGUGUAUAGCGCUGUGCGAACACAGAAUUCACUGCCAACUCCAGAGUGACGUGCAGUUGACACCUUCUGCUGG